AUGUGCCAAGGAGGACACCUCAGCCCCGGCAGCCACCAGAAGGUGCUGAUGAAAACGGGCCUCAUCCUCCUCAUCGUCGGGCACCUCAACUUCAUCGCGGGGGCCCUCGUGCACGGCACCGCCCUGCGGUUCGCGGUGGCCCCCCGGGACGCCGUGUCCCUGCAGUACCUCAUCGCCAACACCGCCUCCGGCAUCGCCGCCCUGCUGACCAUCUCCUGUGGAAUUGCUGCCCUCAUGCUGUCCCACUACCUCACCCCCGCCGCCCUCAAAUGGGCACUUCUCACCCUGAGCGCCUGCACCAGCCUGGGCUGCCUGUCCUGCCUGCUGGGGCUGCUUGUGGCCAUCGGGCUGACCCUGGGCAACCAGGGCCGGGCACUGCUGGCCCCCUGCGCCGUCGCCAACGCCGCCCUUGCCCCGGUGUCCCGCGAGUGCCCCUUCGACCCCACCCGCGUCUACAGCUCCACGCUGUCCCUCUGGGCCGUGUCCCUCGUGCUGGAGUCGAUGGAGAUCAUCUUUGGCAUCCGCUGCCUCCUGCUCACCCUCGAGCUCCUCCGCCUCGGCCGCUGCUGCCGUGGGACACACCGGAGGAAGGUCUCCUUGCAGGCAGCCCCUGCGGAGAGCCCCAACCCCGGACAGUGCCUGGGCUUGCUGAGGCUGGACAGCGUGGAAUGUGCCCAGCUCUGAGCAGGGCCAGAGGGAUGACCCUGUGGAUGUGUCCUGGCCAUUCCUGCCCCAUCCCA